GUUUACGUCCGGGCAGCAGUAUGCCACGCAUCGGCAAACUCCGCUGUUAUUUCUUCAAGAGGAGAGGAGUAGCCUAGCCUAUGAUGAGCAGAAGAAACGUGAGGGAUAAAUAAUACGGAGAGAGAGGAACAGACCGAGCGGCACAAAGGAGAGAGGAGAGUGUUGUGCGGGAGGGCGAGAUAGAGGGAGAUGCAGGCAGUGGCCUAGAUGUGCGAAUCGCCAAGAGUUGCUCUUUCUGGUUCACUGGAUGGAGGCUGUUCUCGCGCAGGGAGGACUAUAGAAAAUAUUUGUUUGUUGAAGGCUACACAGUGAAACGUAACUUUUUCCAGCACGUGUUUUCGUUCAUUCGUGUUCUGUAUUUUUAUGUGGCCUACUUUAUGUGUGUUUUGGGGAGAAAUGGGUAAAUAAUUUCGAGGCGCGCAAGCAGUAGCGCACAGUCCCACAUAUUGCCGCGCGUUAUGGCUCUCUCUGUCAAACAUGCUGUAUGAAAAUGCGCUGAACCUUUCACAUUUACGCACUGUGAAUAUAUAGUUCACGCCGCUUCCUUCGUCCCCCCUGUGUGAUGACGAUGGAAGUGGAAGCUGACAGCGGCAGAGGUAUAUCAAGGAGCGCUCAUGAUAAAUGCCCGCGGGCGGUGGAGCGCAACGGCUAUGUGAAAACAUGUGUCACCCCUCUGUAUCAGGACGCGGGCUGCCAGUCGUGGCUGAGACUCGCAGAUAUAUGGAGUUCCCUAAGACUGUCGUCCGCGGUGUGUGUGGGCUCUGUUUCGGUUAUUCUUGCUUUGCUGGUCAGAUUGGUGGACUGGGACGUGGAGCAGCAGAGUUGCAGCAGUAACAGCAAGAAUAACGGCGAGUCUGGUUCUCUACUUCAUUUCGUGGCGACCUGUGUGGUGGAACUGUUGUUGAACGUUUGGUACCUCGUGUCCCCCGUCUUCACUCUCGUAUGUGCCUUCUUUUGGGUUGGCUUGUACCUGAUCCGCUGCGGGGUGCUGAUCCGGACCGCGGUGUUCCUGUUGGCAGUGUGUCACUUCGGCGAAGCCGCCGCGCAGUCUCUCCUACACGGUGCGGAGGACCAGUUGUUGUCUUUCACCGCCACGGUGGUGGUUCUAUCCUGUCUAGCCGUCGGGGCGCUGAUGGUGGUCCGACUCGGACAGGGGGUUUCUGUCAUCGUCUUCAUCAGUAUCAUCAGAACUGUGUCUCUCAUCUCCCUCAACAAGAUCCGGGCCAGCUGGAGACCCUACCUGGCGUACCUGGUAGGAGUGCUGGGGGUCCUGCUAGCGAGGUAUGCUGACCGGCUCCUGACGGGCUCAGUGCCACUCGGGGCGGGUUGUAGCUACGUGACAGCGGGGAAGGAAGAGAAUAUCAUUCCCGUGUUUAAAAGGCGACGAAGGUCCAGUUCAGUGGUCUCUUCAGACAUGGCGCACAGUCACAGCAACAGCAAGUCCCACCGAAGGACCUCACUCCCAUGCAUUCCACGGGAACAGAUGAUCUCACAGACUGAAUGGGACCACAAGAGGGGUGCCCGGGGAUCCCAGUCGUCGGGUACCGGUGUGGUGGUGGACAUAGCGGUGAUGGGGGAAGCCCAUGGAUUGAUCUCAGACCUGCUGGCAGACCCCUCUCUGCCCCCCAACACCUGCAGUUCCCUGCGGGCUGUCAGUAACCUGCUCAGUACCCAGAUCAGUUUGCAGCCGCUGCACCGGCCUCGAAUCAACCCUCUGCAGGCACUCAGCGACACACACACCUGCUCCGACUCCGAGGACUGGCCAGAGAGAGAGAAACUGGCCAUCCCAAAGCGUCUGCGACGGAGCCUGCCUCCAGGCCUGCUGAGAAGGAUCUCCUCUACAUGGACCACCACCACCUCAGCUACAGGUCUUCCCACCAUAGAACCAGGACCUGUACGCAGAGACCGCUCUGCCAGCAUCAAACCCCUCCACGACAGUCCACCAUGCAGCAUGGUGAACAGUGAGUCGUGGAACAGCUCUGUAAUGCUCACCAUCUCGAAGAGUCGCUCCAUGUCUGCCUCCUACUCCGCUUCAGCCACCUCCAACCACCUCUACAACAGACGCAUGACCAGACCAGGUUACCCCCCCUCCAAUAUAUCUCCUCUGGCCUCUCCCUGCCACUCCCCUCCGGUCCAGGGGACCCCUGUCUCCAGCCCCACCACCAAGUCCUGCUCUGUGGACCUACCGGACCCUGUGGACAGCCAGGGAGAGAGGCCUGUGGACCCCCAGGCCCCACACAGAGCAUUAACACACAGCAUCAGUGCACCUAGCUCCACCACACCGCACUGGGGGCCACCAUCUCUCUGCAUCAGCUGUGGUAGACCGUACAGCAGGCUGAGCCAUGGGGAGGGAUCUAUGGACAAAGGGGACAGAAUACCUCACCCUGAUGACCCGGCAGUGGCGUCGUCAGACUGUGAGAGCACCUACGAGACCAACCACAGUGACAGCAGUGACUUUGCACAGAACGAGGAGGACGUGGAGGGGGCCAAGAAGCCCUCGGACACCCAGGACGGAUGCAGGUCGUACCAGCCUGAGGGCAUCGUCCUGCAACCCCUAAUGCCACCUCUAGAGGACACACAGCCUAUCCUGGACCCAGAGCCUCUGGUGAUGUCAGAGUUGGAUCCUCUGAUGACUCAACUCAACAGCUGGAACUUCCCCAUCUUCAAUCUGGUGGAGAAAACACAUGGCCGCUCAGGAUGCAUCCUCAGCCAGGUGAGAACAGGCCUCAGGCAGGUGAGAACAGGCCUCAGGCAGGUGAGAACAGGCCUCAGCCAGGUGAGAACAGGCCUCAGCCAGGUGAGAACAGGCCUCAGGCAGGUGAGAACAGGCCUCAGGCAGGUGAGAACAGGCCUCAGGCAGGUGAGAACAGGCCUCAGUCAGGUGAGAACAGGCCUCAGCCAGGUGAGAACAGGCCUCAGCCAGGUGAGAACAGGCCUCAGGCAGGUGAGAACAGGCCUCAGGCAGGUGAGAACAGGCCUCAGGCAGGUGAGAACAGGCCUCAGUCAGGUGAGAACAGGCCUCAGCCAGGUGAGAACCAGUGAGUACAGGUUUCCUACCGCCUGUUUUGAGGACACGGGACUGUUUGAGACGUUCAAGAUUCCUGUCAAGGAGUUCAUGAACUAUUUCCAUGCUCUGGAGAACGGAUACAGGGACAUCCCAUACCACAACAGGAUCCAUGCCACUGACGUGCUCCAUGCCGUGUGGUACCUCACCACCCAGGCCGUGCCAGGCUUGCCCAACCUCCUCACAGACCACAGCUCCGACUCUGAGUACAACUUCCUGGGCAACCUGGAGCAUGUGGAGUUCAAACGCUUCCGCUUCCUGGUCAUCGAGGCCAUCCUCGCCACCGACCUCAAGAAACACUUUGACUUCCUGGCAGAGUUCAACGCCAAGGUGGUGAUGAUGGCUGCUCGGGCAUCGACUGGUCCAAUGAGAAUGACCGGUUGCUGGUGUGUCAGAUGUGCAUCAAACUGGCGGACAUCAACCGGCCCACUGAAACACAAGGACUUGCAUCUACAGUGGACCGAGGGCAUCGUCAAUGAGUUCUAUGAACAGCGUCUGCGACGGAGCCUGCCUCCAGGCCUGCUGAGAAGGAUCUCCUCUACAUGGACCACCACCACCUCAGCUACAGGUCUUCCCACCAUAGAACCAGGACCUGUACGCAGAGACCGCUCUGCCAGCAUCAAACCCCUCCACGACAGUCCACCAUGCAGCAUGGUGAACAGUGAGUCGUGGAACAGCUCUGUAAUGCUCACCAUCUCGAAGAGUCGCUCCAUGUCUGCCUCCUACUCCGCUUCAGCCACCUCCAACCACCUCUACAACAGACGCAUGACCAGACCAGGUUACCCCCCCUCCAAUAUAUCUCCUCUGGCCUCUCCCUGCCACUCCCCUCCGGUCCAGGGGACCCCUGUCUCCAGCCCCACCACCAAGUCCUGCUCUGUGGACCUACCGGACCCUGUGGACAGCCAGGGAGAGAGGCCUGUGGACCCCCAGGCCCCACACAGAGCAUUAACACACAGCAUCAGUGCACCUAGCUCCACCACACCGCACUGGGGGCCACCAUCUCUCUGCAUCAGCUGUGGUAGACCGUACAGCAGGCUGAGCCAUGGGGAGGGAUCUAUGGACAAAGGGGACAGAAUACCUCACCCUGAUGACCCGGCAGUGGCGUCGUCAGACUGUGAGAGCACCUACGAGACCAACCACAGUGACAGCAGUGACUUUGCACAGAACGAGGAGGACGUGGAGGGGGCCAAGAAGCCCUCGGACACCCAGGACGGAUGCAGGUCGUACCAGCCUGAGGGCAUCGUCCUGCAACCCCUAAUGCCACCUCUAGAGGACACACAGCCUAUCCUGGACCCAGAGCCUCUGGUGAUGUCAGAGUUGGAUCCUCUGAUGACUCAACUCAACAGCUGGAACUUCCCCAUCUUCAAUCUGGUGGAGAAAACACAUGGCCGCUCAGGAUGCAUCCUCAGCCAGGUUUCCUACCGCCUGUUUGAGGACACGGGACUGUUUGAGACGUUCAAGAUUCCUGUCAAGGAGUUCAUGAACUAUUUCCAUGCUCUGGAGAACGGAUACAGGGACAUCCCAUACCACAACAGGAUCCAUGCCACUGACGUGCUCCAUGCCGUGUGGUACCUCACCACCCAGGCCGUGCCAGGCUUGCCCAACCUCCUCACAGACCACAGCUCCGACUCUGACUCUGACAGUGGGCUCCUCACCCCCAGCCAUAUAGGCCAUACAGGGUUCCUGGUCUCUAAGAUGUCUGCGGUGAUGGAGGAGGGUUAUGGAUGUCUGUCUGGCCUCAUCCCAUCCCUGGAGCUCAUGGCUCUGUAUGUGGCUGCAGCCAUGCACGACUACGACCACCCUGGACGGACCAACGCCUUCCUCGUGGCGACUAGCGCUCCUCAGGCUGUUCUAUAUAACGACCGCUCGGUGUUAGAGAACCACCACGCUGCGUCGGCCUGGAACCUGUUCAUGUCCCGGCCAGAGUACAACUUCCUGGGCAACCUGGAGCAUGUGGAGUUCAAACGCUUCCGCUUCCUGGUCAUCGAGGCCAUCCUCGCCACCGACCUCAAGAAACACUUUGACUUCCUGGCAGAGUUCAACGCCAAGGUGGGUGAUGAUGGCUGCUCGGGCAUCGACUGGUCCAAUGAGAAUGACCGGUUGCUGGUGUGUCAGAUGUGCAUCAAACUGGCGGACAUCAACGGCCCACUGAAACACAAGGACUUGCAUCUACAGUGGACCGAGGGCAUCGUCAAUGAGUUCUAUGAACAGGGCGAUGAGGAGUCGAGUCUGGGCCUUCCCAUCAGCCCCUUCAUGGACCGCUCUGCGCCUCAGCUUGCCAAGCUCCAGGAGUCCUUCAUCACGCACAUCGUGGGGCCGCUCUGUUCCUCCUACGACUCUGCCGCCCUCAUGCCUGGGAACUGGGUCGACCCCGCCGACGCACGGAGGACGGAGGGAGAGGAGGUGGGGGAACGAGAGACAGAGGAGGAAGAGGAGGAUACAGCAGAGGAGGAUACGUCGACUAGCUCUGAGAGUUCCCAGAAGCACGUGGUGAAGCUUAAGAAGAGCAGGAGGAGAGUGUUCUGUCCCAUCACUCAGCACCUUCUGGACAACCACGAAAUGUGGACAAGAGUCAUCGCCUCAGAAACCCGGGACACACCGGACAGAGAGGCGCCUAACUGCCUCAGCAACCCCGCCGAGCCAAUCACAGCCAUCCACGAGGAGGAGGAUGAGCCAGCCAGUAAGGAGGAGCCAAUAGAUGGCCAGGUAGAGGAGACAGAAGGAGAAGAGACGGGGCUUGAAGAGGAAGAGGAAGUGGUCGAGCAAUCGGAGACUGCAGAGAAAAGGGAGGAGGAGUUGGAGUGAGAGGAUUAUAGUUGACCCUAAGAUCAGUUUAUCCAAACUCAUACCCUCUCCCAAAUAGACUUUCUGACUCAUGUCAGAAAUUAUACCUUAUUCCUCAUGUGGUGCACUAGCUGGCCAAAAAUAGUGCACUAUACAGGGAUUGGGGUGUUGUUUGAGACGCAGACCCUGAUAUUUGGUUGCCAGCAAAUCACUUAGACACAACACUGUAGAAGUUUGGAGUAACAUGUGCCUAAAGAAAACAAGGUGGAGGGAGGGAGCGGAAGCUGAGGAUGAGGUGGGAUUUAUUGUUUUACUACUAUAUUGGAUCAGGUUUCCAUUUCAGAAUCCCUCUCCCUGACCAGGUGCCCGCAACGCAAUACAGGCCCACAGAACACUGACCCCACUGCCAGCCUCAAGACGCAGCCGGCCAUACAAGUGGUCCGCAUCCACCUGACCGCCCUCACAGAACCAGGGUGUACAACGUGGACUGUACUGAAUAGACAGUACAAACACUAGCUCCUGAGGACAAUGAGAUGAAAGUGCGGGAAAAAGCUGUGUCCGCUCUGUGUUGGUUCUCAGGAGAGGACUGAGGACUAGGGAGAGGAGGGCCAGUGUUGAUACAGAGUGUGCUCACACACACGCAUGGAGGCAAACAUACACACACACACACACACACAAAUCCAUCAGAAGAUUUGCUAGCUACCCCAGGAAGAGGGAAUGGGAAGUCUAACAUAGAACCCUGUAGCUCUGAAAAAAAGCUUUAUACUCAGUCAUGGAAAAAAAAUCCACAAUACAGUGUUUCUUCACAUUCUUCAUCUCUCUCCUUGUUCCCAAUUUGACCAUGUUUUCUCUCUUUCUUUCUGUCUGUCUUUCUUUCUUUCACUCUCUCCACUUUUGUGUCGGUCAUUCAGGCUCCCCCCCCCCCCCCCCCCCUCUCGCUCCUACGCAGUUCCACAGGACCCAGGAACACUGACACACCCCACUGGGCACAGACUGGUUGAAUCAAUGGUGUUUCCACUUCGUUUCAAUGAAAUGACGUUGAACCACAGUGAAAUUGGUAUUGAAUUGACGUCUGCCCAAUGGGACCCGACGCAGACCUCUCAUCACAGUGUCCUUGUGCCCUUUGUCAUUAUUGCUUCAACCAACACAAGUGAUUGUUCUUUCCUUUGUGUUAUUGGUUUGGAGUUUUACUUUCUUUUUUGUCUUCUUUUUUCACACUGGCCGUAAGAUAUUCACUCUCAGUGGCGUUUGUGUUUUUUUAAACAUGGCGUGGGGACUUUUUAUUUUGUUGCCUCUCUUAUUUUACGUACCUUGUAUUUUGAUUGUCUGCACACUACAAAGGGAAUCACUUUGAAUCUGAAUCACACCCUUUUCUUAUAGAGUUAGCGGAAGCCUCCGUUACGUAUUCCAAUGUAAGAUGUUUUAUAAGUGCAGAUUCUUUUCUCUCUUCAUAGCCUUGACCCAGUAGGUGAGGUCAUGUACCACCUUGGUGGAGAAGAAGCAUUCAUAUUUGGAUUCAUCUGUGGAUGUCAAUCUGACCAUGACACUGAAAAAGAGAUUAGCCUUUUUCAAAGGUUCUCUACAGCCGUCUUCAUUGAUAAACUAUUUUGUAGAACUCUCUCGUAAAACUCUUUUGAUGGUACACUGACCUCUAGCCUGUGUUUCUGUGCUCUCUCACAAUGGGAUCUACCACCUAAUACCCUGACAGGAAGUUCAGUCGAGAGAGCCAAUGUCGAAAGUACACAGAUUCUCUUUCAGUAUCUUCAGCGAUUCCCCAUCGAGUGAGCAGUCUCACUCAGUUCCUUCAGAGAACCAAGCUUACAGUCGUAACCAGGCAUUUUUGAACUCUUGGGAAAUCAUCUAUUUCUCCAUCAGGCUGAAAUGAUAACAGGCCCUGCGCUCCAAUAUCUUUCAGCUAGUCAAGUGAUCAAAGAAAGCUAAUUGCUGAGUGGCCCUUGGAAAGCCUUGAAGGAGAUGUGGAGGAGCCCAGAGGUUCAACCAAGAGAACACGGUUACAGAUAUACUCCACAUACACUCAGACUGUGCUGCUCUAUAGAACAUGGUGAAUCACGCAUGGGGCUGAAUGCAAAGCAAGCAAAAGUGUGAAGAAAGAGAAUGCAGUAAAAAUAUCCAUACCAUGAAAGACAGAUGUCUGCUUAGUGUGUGUUUGCUGACUCCCACAAAGAAGUUAUGUAUUUAUUAACUUCCUGAUAGUUUCAACAUUUCAGCCAUAGGUCUAACAUGGUUGAACUGUAGCUACCCCAUUGUAGCUAUCACAUGAUACAUCUACCUGCAGCUAUCCCAUCUCUCCCUAUCCAUUCCGCUCCUAGCCCAGGGCAGCUCCCAUGACAUGACCAGGCAGAUCAGGCCUAAGCAGGUGUGUGUCCGGAAAGGCACCCUGGUCAAAGUAGUGCAGUAUAUAGGGAAAAGGGUGCGAUUUGGGACACAGUGCUGGUGGACUAGCCAGCCAGCCUGAGCCAGGCAGCAUGCUGCAGUCAGCACAUGGACCAGUGCUGGGCUCCCCGUGGCUGUCCAUAGCCCCAUUUGAUGUCUAGAGAGAGAGAGAGACAAAUUGGUGGUGACAGAAGGAUGAGAGGGAAAGGUAGAGGAAACAGGAGAGGAGAGAGGGAAGUGAAGAGGAUAUGAG